UCAUCCUAAUUUUAGCUACGCCAACAAGCAAGGUGUAGUUUCCAAUCAACAAGGUGGGUACCAUUUCUUGCAAAGGCUGCAACAAGAAGCUCAAGGCAUGAGUAUAGAUGACAAGUUGAAUCUCAUUCUCAACACAAUGACGCAAGAUAAGCAAAAGACAGAGAUAGAUAUGAAGGACAUCCGAACACAAAUGGGUCAACUAGCUACUACCGUGAGCAAAUUGGAAGCACAAGCAGCUGGAAAACUUCCCUCGCAACCAUUGAAUCCCAGGGACACUGUCAAUGCUAUUGAGUUGCGAAGUGGGAAACAAGUAGAGAAACCGGCAACAUCACCGGAGCCCCAUGAACGUGAUUUGGAGAAAGAAGUGGACGAAGCAGCCCCUAAAAAGGAUGAUUCGACGUUGGACAAAGAGAUUUGGGAAAUCUUCAAGAAGAUCGAAGUGAACAUUCCAUUAAUUGAGGCGAUGAGGCAGGUCCCUCGUUAUGCAAAGUUCUUGAAGGAAUUGUGCACUAACAAACAUAAAUUGACCGGUAAUGAGGUAAUGCGUGUGGGGGAGAGUGCUUCGGCAUAUCUUCAAAAGAAACUUCCACCUAAAUUAAAAGACCCCGGCAGUUUUACUAUACCUUGCACAAUUGGUAAAACAAGGUUUACAAAAGCUUUGCUACAUUUUAGAGCGUCUAUUAGUGUUAUGCCUGCCUCAAUUUAUGAAUCUUUAAAAUCUCGGUCCUCUCAAAAGUACUAGCAUAGUUAUUCAACUUGCCGAUAUAUCUAAUGUCUACCCGAAAGGGGUUGUUUAAAAUGUUUUGGUGCAGGUCAAUGAGCUUAUAUUUCCUGUCGACUUCUAUGUUCUUGAUAUGAGUGAUGAAAACUCAUCCUCGUCUACACCUUUGUUGUUGGGUAGACCAUUUAUGAGAACCGCUAGAACAAAGAUAGAUGUAUUUGAAGGUACCUUGACAAUGGAAUUUGAUGGAUAGGUCGUUCGCUUCAACAUCUUUGAGGUGAUGAGAUACCCAAGUGAUGUGCACUCAUGUUUUGUUGUGGAGGAAACUGACGCUGGCUAAGAAUGCAAGCGAGAUGAAAGUCGGGUUGAUGACUUUAAACCAAGCGCUAAGUGGGAGGCAACCCACCGGUUUUGUAUCUUUAUCUUUAUCUUUUUAUUUUAAGCAUUUUAUCUUUAUUUUCUUGUUUUGCAUAUCAUUUGCGGAAUUUCCCACCUUGAACUUUACUUUGAAUGACUAAAUUUUACAUUGAGGACAAUGUAAAGUUUAAGUGUGGGGGAGUAUUUAUAUGUUUUUAGAGUUUGUUGCCUUUAGUUAAAAAUAAAUAAUAAAAAAAUAGAAAAAGAAAAAAAUUGCUUUAUAAACUCCGAAAUCUAGAAAGUUGUGCCUUUAGGAUGACACUACCAAUAUAAGUGGAUGGAACCAUCUUGAUUGCAGGAGUUGAGGAACCCAUUAAUUAAAAGGACGACAAAGCUCAUGAAUUACAAAUAAUAUGAUAGUUGUUACCAUAUCUCGGAAUAUCACCAUAUCACUUUCUGUUUUUAUUUUUUGCAAUAUUAUUUUGUUUCUCUAAGUGAUUUGGUGGGUCACUAACAUCGAAUUGUUAUUACUGCUAGGAUGGAAUAGAGUGAUUGAGUUACUAAAAAAAAAAGACCAGACCAAUUAGACCAACCGGAGUAUAUAUAUAUAUAUAUAUAUAUAAAAGAUUGACAUUUUGAUGCAAUAUGUGUGUGUUCUCCCUGUCUCCGUCGCCUAAGCAAGCGUGGAACGCAUGAUCCAUGAGAAUUACCAUGUAUUCUGCUAAAAAGAAGCAUGUGCUUGGAUCCAAAAGAUUUAAUCAUGUUGUCAAUUAAAAAAAAAUUCAAAAGAAAAUUGAAAAAAAAAAGUGAUUUUUUUUUUUAUCAUUGUUCAAUUAAAAAAUCA